GUCGCAGCACGUCCCAUGUGCAAGUCGUCCUCUUCCUCUCCCAGCAGGAAGGCAGACUGUGGGAGCUAAGCAAAAUCUUCCUAGAUAACUUGGACAAGAGCAUGUUUGAACGCAAAAGGCAAAUGAAGAAUGAGUGAGAAGUCAGAUGGGGACAGAGAAAAUUUCAGAAAAGUGUGAUAAAUGAAGCAGUGUGGCUCUUCUGAGUGUUUAUGGGCUCAGAUGUUUCGUUGAGCAGAAGGAUAAUGUGCAUCCCCCCAUCCACCUUGAGAACAGCAGCACUGACUGCUCCCAUCCCCUUUCCCUGCCAUCACUGCCAGCAGAACUUCAUAGCCAUGAAUUCCUGCAGUUUGUAAAUGUGCACAGACUGCCAGAGCCCUUGUCUACUGGGCUCACUGCUGUCCUGGAUGAUGUUUGUCUGCAAGCAGCUGCCCUGACAGAUGCUCCUUCUGCCCAAGCUGCCCACCCUGUGCACAGAGCUGGUCACAGGCGCUGGACGCGUUCAGACUACCAAGGGAUUCAGGCACCCUUCAGUCAUGGGCUUCUGUGCUCUUCCAGCUGGCAGGCAGGCAGGCAGGUUGUUGCUCCUUGCUUUAAAAAUAUGGUGGCAUCUGACUCAUUUUCAAUCUGUACUGUUCCAGAUUUCUCAGUCUUCAAGUAUGCCUGUGUCCCUUUGUGAUGGGUCAUAAUUCAGUGGCUUCUCAGCACUGCGCUGAGUCUCUCUGAUGUGUUUGGGUUCUGCAGCUCCACAGGCUAUAUUCCCAUUUGUUGGGCUACAUGAUUGCAUGAGCAUCCAGCAGCUCUCCCCCAAAGACUGGACGUGUGCUUAGGAAACCAGUUAUUGGAGAGACUCCCAACAGACUGCAGCAGCAACGUGGGUGAUCAGCAGCAGAGGUAGCUGCCAGCUGAUGGGCAGGAUUUGCAAGACGACAUCUUAUUCUCUGUCGUCACUCAAAGCCUUGUGGGCAGCAGGCAAUGUGUGUUGGAACUCCCUUUGCUUGCAGCAUGUAGCAGGGCUAAUUUAAUUAAAUGUGAUCAAACGUGGGUUUGCUGGGAUUGUGUAGGAGAGGUGCUGGGUUGACUUAGCGCUGGCCGUGAUGGUAGAUGAUCAUGUGUCUGAGGUAGUACAGGUCCCCACCUCACUUCAUUUAGGCCAGGACUGUAUCAUCUCCUGGUGUAAUGGGUACGUUACUGUGCAAGGCUAGUCUCAUUGCAGGUCUGGUCGGAAUGCUGAAGAAAAAUAAAAGCAGAUUAUUCUGUAUGCAGAGAAGGGCUGCUGGACUGGUCAGGUAAAUGGAGGAGGCCGGAAAGACAAAAAUCCAGAAAGGAUCAUUGUUUAUAAGUUGGUUAAGAGAAUAAAUUCCAGGAGGAUUGAGAGUUGCAGAAGUUUUGAGACAGAGGGAAUAGAGUGGCAAUAAAUAAAUUAAGGCCAAAAAUGAGAAUGUUUCUGACCAUACAGAGGUGUGCUGAGAACAUAAAGGUGACGGUGGGAACCGUCUCUGUCAGCGUGGCACUCGUGCAGUGGAAGAGUGAUGGCCUUGCAGAACAGCCUCUUGUGAUCCCUUCUGUAACAGGCUGAGCGUGAGCAUCUGAAGGAAAAAGCAAACAUCAACUUUAGGUGUUGUGCUAAGGCAGUUUACAACAGUAUUUGUAUUUAUUAGAGAUGAUGGGUCAUAGCGAGGUUAUCUGGACUGAGCAUGGCUUUGAACUAUGCACAGCAUCUCUCCUUUUCUGUUUGACAAUCCUAAUUUCAGUCCUUAAGCCAGCCUUAGCCUAUCCUUAUUGCAUCUCUAAAAGCAGCUGGUUGCCUAAUUCCUUUUAACAUUUGUUGUGAAGUGUUGUUUGGUGAGAAGGGAGUUGGGAGGUGGGCAGCCUCGGCUGUGAGUGACAUCUCCUGGCGCGCAGAGCUGCCUGUGACAGUACGAUGUCGGCUGGAGGAGCAGCUUCCUAUUUGUCUUGAGGCUCUGGAAGACACUGGGGAUGAUCCCGCUUCCUUGCCUUCACACAGAGUUGCCUCCCAUGCUGGUGUGGUCCUUCCUGGGUUAUUCACCAAGAGCAACAGGAUUUCUGCAGCAAAACUGCUGUUAGCUGGAAUGGCUGCCAACUUCAUUCUCAGUUGACAGCUAACUCGGAGACAAAAAGGAUAUUAGAUCUGUUUAUGUUCUGGGACCUGCACCACUCACUGGAUGGAACCAGUGGUAGCCCCUACAAUAAAACAGAGACCAAAAUUAGAAACAGAGAUGCCUGAGCAGCUGGGCUGUGCUCAAACAUCUGGAGAGAGCUUAAUACCUGCACAGCUGGGCAGGGCUCCAGCACCAGGUGGCUCUGAGCUUUGGGGUGGAGAAGAAGAGAAGCAGUGUCAUUUCUGUGCCUACUUAUGGCCUUAUGUGAUGUUUUUAUCACCACUUACAGUGGGCAGUAUGGAAGAAGGAGCAGAGAUCUGUCUCUCUUUGGGUUCUGGCUGGGCACAGAGACAGAAGAUCAUGCCUGCUUGGUCUUCAGCUGAGGAAAACUGCUAGUGGAAGAAAAGUCCUGGGGCCUGGCAAUCAGAGGUGCUACAGGGUUAAGUACUGCUCUGCUUGGUGGAGACUGAGGAGUGUUUGCACAGCAUUCAGAGUCGUGGGGUGCAAAGGAGCUGCAGGAGUCUAGGGAAUAAGUUAAUUCUUUAGCUACUGCAGAACCUGCAAUUAUGCCUAGAGCUGAUGGAGGUAAUCAAGUGUGCAGAAAAGGGAAAUUGUUCAAAUACCUCACCUUUCUGAGCAAAUGGCAGACAUGCUCAGUGCUAUCAUAACCUGAGCCAACUACUCUCUCCAAUAAGAAGAAAAGUCUCCCAGCUGUCAUGCUCUGUUGUUUCUAAUCACUUCAAGCCAUCAGUUCUGGGGCCUUUUCAAGUAAAGCUGUAUAAAAUGCAUUCUUACCUCCUACUGUCUGGAUGGAUUUGGAGCAUUGAACCAGUAUCACCUGAGGGUUGGAGAAUGACCUCUGGAACUCCAGUUCUGGCAUGCAGAUGCAGAGCAGUCACAGGUACCAAACCAAAGAUGUCCUGGACAAGAAAGAUUCUACUCAUCCUGGGAUUCCUCUCUACUUUGGCUGUAAUUGCUUUAAUUGCUGUAGCAGUGACCCAAAACAAGCCACUUCCGAAGAAUAUUAAGUAUGGGAUCGUGCUGGAUGCGGGGUCAUCCCACACUAACCUGUAUGUGUACGAGUGGCCAGCAGAGAAGGAGAACGACACUGGAGUGGUGCAGCAGGUGGAGGUGUGUAAAGUCGAAGGCCCCGGGAUCUCAGGUUACUCCCAUGCCACGGAGGAGGCAGGUCCCUCUCUGGCACAGUGCCUACGACAAGCAGAAGGGGUGAUUCCCUCAAAGCAGCACCAAGAGACACCCGUCUACCUCGGAGCAACUGCUGGCAUGCGGCUUCUCAGCUUGGAGAAUAAAAGUGCAGCUGACAAAGUCUUGUCCUCAGUAGAGAAGACACUACGCUCAGCUCCCUUCAACUUCCAGGGUGCCAGAAUCAUCAGUGGUCAGGAAGAAGGAGCCUAUGGAUGGAUCACCAUUAACUACCUGCUGGGCAAUUUCAAGCAGUCUGGCUGGACAAAACUUCUACAUUCCCUGAGAUCCAUAAGUGAGACAUCAGGAGCACUAGACCUCGGAGGAGCCUCAACACAGAUUACCUUUGUACCAAAUGAAUUCUCUUCUGAGUCCCCAGAGAACCUGCUCUACUUCCGUCUCUAUGGCAAGGAUUACCUAGUGUACACGCACAGCUUUCUCUGCUAUGGGAAGGACCAGGCUCUGCAACAGAAACUGGCCAGGGACCUACAGACCGUGGAGAACAGCAGCCUCUCUGAUCCGUGCUUUCACCAGGGGUAUCAGAGGACUAUAAAUAUAAGUGAUCUCUUCAAAAACCCUUGUACGUCAGCCAAGGAAAAGCAAUUCCCUUUCAGCCAGCUGUCCAUACAGGGAGAGGGGGAUUAUCAAAAGUGCCGAAGAAAUAUCCUGAAACUCUUUAACAAAACCAAUUGUCCUUACUCCAGUUGCUCCUUCAAUGGGAUAUACCUACCUCCGUUACAAGGGGAUUUUGGGGCUUUUUCUGCUUUCUACUUUGUGAUGAACUUUUUGAACCUGACCAGUGAACAAAGCCCCGUUGCCCUGGACAAAGUUGCCAGCACCAUUGAGAGCUUCUGCGCCCGGCCUUGGCAUGAGGUGAAGACAGCAUAUCGCCAAAUAAAAGAAAAGUACCUGAGCGAAUAUUGCUUCUCAGGAGCCUACAUCCUGUCCCUCCUGGAAAAUGGCUAUGAAUUCACUGAAAAGAACUGGCAAAGGAUCCACUUCCUCGGAAAGAUUGGCAGCAGUGAUGCGGGCUGGACCCUGGGCUACAUGCUGAACCUGACCAACAUGAUCCCUGCGGAGGAGCCUGCUGUGCCCCCUCUUUCCCAUGGCAGCUAUGUGGGGCUGAUGGUGCUGUGCUCCCUCGUGCUGGUGUCCAUGCUCCUGUUUGCCUGGCUUCUCUUCCACAAGCCCAAGUGCCUGCAGAAGGGGAUUGUUUAGGAAGAGCCUUGGGGGACAGGGGCCAUGUCACCCUGACUGCUCAGGGCUAGGAGACCCUGGCAGAGCAGGCUGUACUGAAGAGCCCCUCUCGCCUCUCACUGAAGUUACUGACUGCACAACAAGGGCAUUUAUUUCUUCUGACUCACACUUGCACUGACAGACGUUGGGACAUCAGGCUCGCCACCUCUCUCUCUGCCAAGGACAGACAAGCAGGUGUCCCCUCCUUGAAUGGGUCGUACUUUCAUUCAAUGAAACUUUGCUGCUUGUUGGUUUUUGCCUUGUGCACAGCAUUAUAAAGAGAAAAGUGGCAGCAAUCUUUGGGAGCUGGUGCUCCUGCAAGGGUAAUCUCAGGGUCACACAUCCCACUGAGCUCUUGGGAGUGAUCACACAUGGGGUGAUCCUGCUCCUCCUCCACUGAAGCUGUUCCCGACAGCCCUUCCCGCACCAGCACACCUCCGCUCGCCUCCCCGCACCCUGAGCCCUUGCAGCCCUACAGCUGGGUACGGCCAUCUGCACCCGGCUGGCUCCCGAAGGCUGGGCAGGCUCCCAAAUGCCACUCUGGGAAACGAAGGGAUGAGGAUGAAGAAACUGAGUGUGCUGGUGGUCAUCUGCCCUUAGCUGGGCUCUGGUGGCUGUCUGCUCCUUUUGCAGGUGGCAAGAAGCCUCUUUCCCACGUCUUCCUGAUGUUGUUGCUGGACCAAAGCUGGCUCACCGUUAACACUGAGCCAUUCCCAUGUCCCUAGGGUACAUCAAGACACGAGUUCGCAGCCAGGCAUCGCUGAUUUUUGUAGGAACAGUUCAUACUGGCCAAGGAUCCCUGACCAGUAUUGAGUGCUUAUGCCUACAGGGACUCUGCUGUGAUCAGCGUGCCUACAGGUAUACACCCACUAAAGCAAUCCAGUGUCACUGUGCUGAUCGUACAGCAGCUUCUGAUCUAGGGAAAAUGUUUAAAUGUUUAUUAGGUCAUGUUCCUUUAUAAAUAGACAGCUGGCAGCAGUUAACCAGCAUGAGCAUGUACAGAUUGAACCACUCUUUCCACCAGCAAAAUAAGUGAAAAUUUGCCUUUCUUUCCCUCAUGGCUUAGGCUUAUCCCAUGACCAUAAGACCCAGGGCUUGUGAGCACACACACUGCAGCCCGUCUUCUAGCACACAACUAGGAUGAUGCCACUAAUCAAGUUUAUGAAUCACUUUCUUCUGUUUUCCAUGCCUUGGUCCAAAAAAAGAAAGAGAGGUAAGUCAGAAAUCCAUUUUUAUAAAAACACUUGGAAACCACUGGUGCCUGUCUACCUCCCACGAAAUCUCAGAAAUCUCUUCUCCUAAUGACCUGUAAGUGCUGGAGGCCAAAAGAAAGCAGAUAUUGUGGAGAGAAAGGCCUGGCAAACACACACUUCACCUGUUUCCCCGAGCAAAGCUGUAGGUGUGGAGGGGAUCAGGUUGUGCAACCCCAAUAAAGCCUUCUCUUUUAGGCAAGCACAGACACAGAGCUCGGGGUUUUCAUGCUCUUCCAGCCUGCCCAAAUGCAUAGUGCAGGCUGGAAAAUAUCCCCCAGUUAUUUCUACUUCAUGAUUGGAAGUAGGAGCCGUAACAUAUUGAAGGACCUAAAGGUAAAGGAAAAAUCUACCCUGUCUUGUGGCAAGAUCUUUGGGCAGUUCAUUGUUCUUCCAAAAAUCUGUGUCUUAUUUUUGCUCUGAAUUAGCUGGCUUCAGCUUCUGCUGGAUCUUGUUCCGCCCGUUUCAAAAAGACUGAGUAAGUCUCUGCUAUCAAAAUCCCUUUUUUCUUGUUGGUGCUUGCAAGUCGUCGUUGUAUCAUUAAAUAGAUUGAUCUUCAAUCUGUAAAGUGCUCUGUGCUGACCUCACUGGUAGCUCUUGACUCCACUUCUUUGAAAAUUUUUACAUCUUUCUGAAAUUUGGACACCAAAGUUUUCAGCAGCGAGUGGUAGUAGAGUCAUUAAUAGUGUAUGUAAAAGUAAAACCCUCUGGUUUUGAUCUAUAUUCUCUGUUCCCCAUUCAUAUAUCUCAGGGCCAGGUCUGCUGACUUAAGAGAGUUUUGGGGCUGUUUUGUCCGGUUGGACUAUUGCCACUUGGCCUUUUUUUCCAGUCAUUGCAGUCCAGAACAGCUGCUGUCUCACACCGUACAUUGCUGUCUCUUAACAUGAGCUGCUUUGCCUUCCACGUGGCUCCACUGAAACAUGUACUAUUCAAAGAAUAUUCCCGCAAGCAAGUGAUCCAGAUCAACCCUCAAUGACACUUCCCUGCACUGUUUGUCCAUUCUCCAUUUUUUGUUUUAUCUGCAAAUACAUUGAAAUGUUGGAAUUCAUCUAGA